CCCGGCGGUCGCGGAAACGCCGGCGGUAUGCACCACCAUCGAAUCCUCUUCGACAAGUACCAUCCUGGUUACUUUGGCAAGGUUGGUAUGAGAUAUUUCCAUCGCCUCCGUAACAAGUUUUAUUGCCCCACUGUCAACAUCGAUCGCCUCUGGUCUCUCGUGCCUGAAGAAGUUAAGGCCGCUGCAGUCGCGGCGCCAGGCGGCAAAGCGCCUUUGAUUGACGUCACACAGUUCGGAUAUUUCAAGGUACUCGGCAAAGGAAUGCUUCCUGCGUCGCAGCCCGUUGUUGUGAAGGCUAAACUAAUCUCGAAGACUGCUGAGAAGAAGAUUAAGGCUAACGGGGGAGCUGUGCUACUCACGGCUUGAUUGGAUCUGGAGAAAAUCUAGCUUCUCUGGGGAGCCCUGAGGUCUUUGUUCUGUUUUAUCUUUUGGUUUUUAUGUCUAGGUUAUUUCCUUUAGUUGCUUGAUGAAUUGUCAGUUUUAUGCCUUGCUCGAUAAGAUGACUGUUAAAGAGAUUUUUUUCUGGUUGAGGCGCAUUAAGUUUAUUACUCCAAAAUUCUAUUUUUCUUUCAAUGUCAACUAUUCAAUCUUUCCAAUGCUUCA